AUGCCGUCGGUGGAGUACGGCCGUUUUGGCCUACAGCCGACGGCCAUCAAUCAGAACCGUAACAAACAUUUGUUAGACGAACCGAAGAAGCGUAAACCACGUCAAGAAAUCUGUGCGCCCCUCAAAUGGCUCUGUUUCAUUGCCAAUUUCUUAGUCUUUCUUAUCGGUGUGACAUGUUUGGCACUCGGUGUAUAUUUGUGCAUCAAAGAUCCACGACCAAUAACUGAAUGGGCGGAUGUCUUCCUAAAUCCAGCCGUUAUGCUCACCAUUAUUGGGCUUGCCAUAUGCAUUGUUUCAUUAAUGGGGUCCCUUGGUGCACUAAGAGAUAAUAUUGCUUUGCUCAAAACGUUCGCACUCAGUGUUUUUUUCUGUUAUAUUAUUAUUGUAAUAUUCACCUUUUUAUUAUUUAUAUUAUUCUAUUCCGAUACAACGGAAGGCCUUUCGGCGCACAGUAUACUCAUUUAUUCAGUUAAAAACUAUCAUACCAACAGAAAUUUAGCGGAUUUUGUGGAUUAUAUUCAAGAACAGCUUGAAUGCUGUGGUGUAGCGUCAACUUCACAGGGUUAUAGGGAUUGGCAGCUCUCGGCUCAGUUUAAUUGUAAUCCAGCGAAUCCUUAUCCAGAAAAGUGUGGAGUACCAUUCAGCUGCUGCAAACGCUCUGUGGUAUCAGAGGCAGCUGCUGGCUCUUCCAAUCCUUUAUUGCCAGCGAUGCGUUCACUGCAAUGUUGGCAAAAUGCGCAAACAAAACGGCCUCAAGAAUUGGAAGCUGAUCUGCACACACGAGGAUGCUUGCAACCGUUACGGAUACUUUUUGAAAGUCAUGCCAUACAUGUUGGUGCUGUCAUCGCCAUUAUCAUUAUUCCUGUCUGUAUAUCAGUAUGUUUGUCAAAUAUUUUGGCCAAACAAAUCGAUCAUCAACGAUAUUUGCUUGAACGUGAAGCUCGUCGCUGUGAGCGGCGCCGCAGACGUAAUGAACGAAUUCGUUUUCGUGAUCCAUAUAUAACUGCUAUAGAAAGUAAUGCUAAUGAACCCAAACGCUCUACCGCUGCUCUACGACAUAGUACGGGUCAAAUUUUGGACGAUAGUGCAACUGUUAUCGACCUCGGACGGGAAUCUGUUAAACUGACAGAGCCAUUACGACCUUCUGUAGCUAUUCAAUCCGAAAAAUCAAAAUUUUCGCAGUCGCCACCACUCGUACCACCUCAUGAUGAAGUAAGAUGGCAUCGAAAACACUGUCAGCCAACAAAUAAUCCACCAUCGAAACACAUCGUGCAAACGUCGUUGGCAGUCAGUCAGCACCAAAGGAUACUGAAUGGAACAGCAACAGCAACUGCUCAAAAUAAACAGAAACAACAAAGACGUUCAGUUGUUACAGCUUCACCGCCUAAAACGGCAGGUAAAAAUCAAGCGCAGUAA